UGUCUUUGUUCCGCAGGCUGACGGGCGUUUGGUGACAGGAGUGUGAUCCAGAAAGAGUCGGCCUCUGGUUGAUUCAUGAGAACAAUGAUUAACCUGAAGCGGCACACACACACACACACACACACACACACGGGGGUCAAAGAGCUUGUACAGAGCAGAGAUUGAGUCAGUGUGUCGGCUGUGUGUGAAGACGAAGAUCAUCUGAAGGCCGGCGGUCUCCUGAUCUCUCAGCGAUGGAGCAGUUUGAAGGCUUAACUCCGACAGAAACCCUCCAGCGAGUUUCUGCGUCUCUGGGCUGCAGCGUCACGUCUGCAGAAGUGGCCGCGUUCCUCGACAAACACGACGACCUGAGACAUCUGCGGGAGCGUUUCCACGUUCCUAAAAUAGCCGACUUACCUCCCUCGGCAGCCGAUGUGAAGCAGGUCCACGGCGCUGAAGAGUGCAUGUACUUAGUGGGAAACUCGUUGGGUCUUCAGCCCAAAAGGGCGAGGACAUACCUGGAGGAGGAGCUGGACAUGUGGGCCAAGGCGGGAGUGCACGGGCACACAGUGGGGUCCAGGCCGUGGGCGUGGGCUGAAAACAAGAUCGAGGACAUGAUGGCUGAAGUCGUCGGAGCUGAACCUGAGGAAGUGGCUCUGAUGAACGGCCUGACGGUGAAUUUACACCUUCUUCUGCUUUCCUUCUACAAACCGACUGCAGCGCGCCACAAAAUCCUCCUGGAGGACAAAGCCUUUCCUUCAGACCAUUACGCCGUCGAGUCUCAGAUCAGACUGCGAGGAUUCGACCCUCAGGAGAGCAUGCUGCUGCUGUCAGCCCGACCGGGAGAAGAAACGCUGAGGACCCAGGACAUCCUGGACGUGAUCGAGAAGGAGGGAGACUCCAUCGCCGUGGUGAUGUUCAGCGGAGUUCAGUACUACACGGGACAGCUGUUCAAUAUGGCCGCCAUCACUGAGGCCGGACACAAGAAGGGCUGUUACGUCGGGUUCGAUUGCGCUCACGCUGCAGGAAACGUGGAGCUGAAGCUGCACGCCUGGGGGGUCGACUUCGCCUGUUGGUGCUCCUAUAAGUACAUUAACUCAGGCGCUGGAGGGAUCGCCGGAGCGUUUAUCCACAAGAAGCAUAAAGACACCAUCAAACCUGCGCUGACGGGCUGGUGGGGACAUGACCUGAACACUCGCUUCCAGAUGAAUAACGUGAUGGAUCUGCAGCCUGGUAUAAGCGGCUUCAGGCUCUCCAACCAGCCCAUCCUGCUGGUCUGCCCUCUACAGGCCAGUUUGGAGGUUUUUAAAAUGACCAGCAUGCAGGCUCUGCGUAAGAAGUCUCUCCUGUUGACGGGCUACCUGGAGUUUCUGAUCCGCCAUUAUUACACCAAAGACCCCGGCCGGCCUCAAAAGCCUCACGUACGCAUCAUCACGCCGUCCGACCCCGAGCAGAGAGGAUGUCAGCUCUCGCUGUCGUUCUCCGUCCCCAUCAGGGAGGUGUUUGACGAGCUGGAGAGGAGGGGCGUCGCUUGCGACAUGAGGGAGCCCAGCGUGCUGCGCAUCGCUCCCGUUCCGAUGUACAACUCCUUCACUGACGUGCAUCGCUUUGUGGAGACGCUCGGAGCAGCUCUCACUGCCACCAGCCAAAAAUGAAUGUUUAUAGUUUCAGCUCAGAAUGCAUUUCACUGCAAAGUCCUCAAAGUGUGCUUUUUGAUGCUGAGAUAUGUUCACUUUAAGGACCAGCAGUGCUGUCGCAGCACGAUCAGUGUUUACAGAUAUUUAACAUGAACAAUAAUGAAGGUUCACAUCAAUAAUGUACAAUAAAGAGAAAUGUACACGUUUCAAGUUUUGAGUCAAUAUUUCCUGGUAGAAGAUUUGUGCUGCUUGAAAUGAACUCAAUCUGUAAAAAAGAGUUUCAGCAUCAAACUGCUAAAGUAUCCUAUAAAGUCAACGUCCGAGUUAAAUCUCACUCACACUGUCAAACCUUUUGUAAUCAAUAAAAGAUUUUUAUAAUUCUUG